AUUAUGACUUUUUGCAGCUGAGAAUUUUUUCUAUAUCGUUUUCAAUCUUUCCUCGAUACAACGAAAGAGAUUCGAACUUGGCUUGAAUUCUGAUAUUACGUUGAUAACUAUUUCAGCGAGACCGUCGACCUGCUGCCGAGGUUUUCAUUCGUUGUAAUAGAUGUGAUGGUUAUUUUACUUGCACUAAAUAGUUUGUAUUUUCUUCCUCUUUGCCGGCUUUUGAAAUUCAACGAAGCCGGCUUCCGGAUCUUGUUGUUCCGCGUCAUUUGAGCUCCAGUAUUUAUUGCCUCUGAUUUCUACUAGUUGCUAUUUUGGCGGUUCUGUAUCUGCUUUUCAUCCCCGAGGUUUCGACACGGUGACCUGCUACUACUGUUUAUUUGUGUUUUGAUCUUGAGGCUUUCUUUGCGGGUUUCAACCAUCGGUCGUUGUUGCUGUAGGAAUCUCAUUCCGGGGAUCAGAUUUUCUCUAAAUUGUCUUUCAAGGUCAAACUUGAGUGCCUGAUAGGAUAUUUUGUCCGAUCGUCUGAAUCCUGUGUAGAAAAAGAUAUUAACUAUAACACGGACGUUGCAGCAAGUCUUACACAAACAGCGAGCUACAAUCCAUUGGCAAUGGCUGUAGUUGUAGACCUUUUAAAUACUCAACGGCCCCGAGCCAUUGUGUUUAUUUUAAGUAUGCAAUGAAGUAAUAUGGCAGCAUUAGCACCUGUCCUAGAAUUAGCAUCAGCAUUUGCACUGACUCGCACACGAAUUUGGCGAUGCCGCCCUAUAUUGCUCGUGCGGCUUCAAAGGUAUGGAGGAGAAUAAGUAUGGAAACAAUGGUAGAAGUGCCCCUCCUCCUUGAAAGAUGGAAAUUUCUAUUGCUCGGUCUUUUAUGCCAGUAUCUUCAUGGUUUAGCUGCUCGAGGAGUUCAUUAUUUACACCGUCCCGGGCCAACCCUUCAAGAUGUUGGGUUUAUAGUUCUUCCCGAACUCGGGCAAGAGAAAGCCUACAUCAGCGAGACGGUUUUCAGCACUAUCUUUUUCACCUUCAUCUUAUGGACUUUUCACCCCUUCAUUUGCCAUAGCAAGAAGUUCUACACGGUGCUAUUAUGGUGCAGGGUAUUGGCCUUUUUGGUGGUUUCUCAAUUCUUAAGAAUUGUCACGUUCAUGUCAACUCAGUUGCCUGGUCCUAAUUAUCACUGUCGCGAGGGUUCUAAACUUGCUCGCCUUCCUCAUCCUGACAGCAUACUUGAAGUACUCUUCCUAAAUUUUCCACGUGGAGUAAUCUAUGGUUGUGGAGACUUGAUUUUUUCAUCACACAUGAUCUUCACUCUGGUUUUUGUACUCACCUAUCAAAAGUAUGGAACAAAACGGUGGAUCAAACAGAUAGCUUGGUUAAUGGCCGUUAUACUCAGCCUUCUGAUUAUAGCUUCUCGCAAGCACUACACUGUUGAUGUUGUUGUUGCAUGGUACACUGUUAAUCUGGUGGUCUACUUUGUUGAUCGGCAGUUGCCAGAAGAAGGGAUGGAACGUUCUGGCCCUGGUGGUACACUACCCUUAAUAUCGAUAAAUGGCAGAGACAAAGAUAGCAGAACCAAAGAAGAACACCAUAAGCUCAUGAAUGGAAAUUCUGGGGAUUCACCUGAUAGGAGGCAGAGAUCCCAGGUGAAUGGGAAGUUCCUUGAAGAUGGAAGUCCCAUUGUUUCUGAAAUCAUUGUGAAUGGGACUUGAGUAGUGUAUGUGACAUGCCGUAUUGAAGCUUGGGAAAGUGCUAAAGGAGCUGUGGAUGCAAAUUUCCAUGUGACAGGCUGAUAACUUUCACCCUUCAAUCACCAGAGUAGCGGGAGACAAGACGUACUGCAUAUUCUGAAAUGUUAAUUUCUUGGAGACAGAAAGUUUCCUUGUUAACGAUGCAUAUCUUUGGCCUCAGAAUGAGUUCAGGCCUUAUUUGUAUGAUGUAUUUCAUUCUGCAACUGGGUUUUUGGUGUUCAUUAUUUCUUUUCUCCCUUGUUUUUUAUACAUUAUUUUAUGUAAAAUGCAUUUUUUGAGCAAAGGUUAGCAUUGCUUAAAUGCAUGUUCUUCACAGAUAGGCAAUGAUUAUUUAUAGUGUUGUUGAAGUUCUA